AUGGAGAGAUUUGAAAUUUUGAGUCCCAGCGGUCUCCUGACCCAUCUGUUCGGUCUGUUCGGUCUGCUCGAUGGCUCUUCGAGAGCCCCUGCUAAGAAGGGCUCCGGCGAGGUGAACAUGCAGCUAGGAGAUUCCGAAUGCAACUCUCUCAUCCGCGAAUCCGUCAAUAUGGCCUGCGAUAGGGUACCUCGCUAUUCGCUCAAGAUUGGAAUCACGCCAACUUCGCUCAAUGAGGAAGGCGUCGCAGCAAUUCCAUCAAGUCUCGACGCCGAUCAGGGGGCCAUUGUAGUACUUGAGGGUGGCAUCGUGGAAUCAACCCUGGGCUCCAAAUAUGUCCGCAUUGACAACCGCACCGCCGGGUUUUCUGCCAAUGGCACCUUCCUGACCGAGUCCAGUUACGUGCUCUUAUCAUCAGGCGGGCCGGGGGCGGAUAUUGGACGGGUGUCGGGAGGCCCGCUAGUGGGACCUUGA